AUGUUAAUUCAAUUAGUAUCUAUUAUUUUAAUUCCCGCAAUUUCAGCAAAGCAUGCUAUUAAUUCUUUUAAGGGGCGUAUUAUAGGUGGCUACGAUGCCAAUAUUGCAGAUUAUCCUUAUCAAGUUUCAAUAGCAAAUCCUGGAUUUGGACAUUUUUGUGGUGGUUCAAUUUAUAAAGCAAAUACAAUAAUAACUGCAGCACAUUGCGUUGAUGGUAUUCCACCCUCAGAGAUUAUUAUUCGUGCUGGAUCAAGUUCAAGAAAAGGCGGUGGUAUCACUAUUAAUGUUGAGAAGAUAAUUGUUUCUAAUCUUUGGAAUGAAAAAACAAUUGAUGGUGAUAUCGCUCUUUUGAUACUUCAAAAGAAUUUACCAAUAUCUAAUAAUAUUAAACCAAUUGAACUAGCAACAGACAAUUUGAAAAAUGGUGAUAUUGCAUAUAUAAGUGGAUGGGGCGUAACAGAUGAUGAAAAUGUUACGGAAGAAAUUGACCCAGAAUUACCUGACAACUUGCAAGCAGUAGAUGUACCAAUUUUCGAUUGGAAGGAAUGUAACAUUUUAUUAGAAGGGAAAUUAACAAAAAAUAUGUUUUGCGCUGGUCAAAUUGAUGGUAGUAAAGACUCUUGUCGAAUGGAUUCUGGUGGUCCACUUGUAAUGAAUAAUAAACUUUAUGGAAUCAUUUCGUGGGGCAGAAGUUGCGGUAAACCAAAUUCGCCAGGAGUUUAUACAAAUGUUAAAAAUUUUAUUGGUUGGAUAAAGGAAAUUUCCAAAGAAAAUUAA